AUGGUCAUGCUAACAUGGGUUUUGUCUUUGAUGAUGAACAAUCCCCAUGUAUUGAAGAUGGCUCAAGAAGAAUUAGACAGGGUAGUUGGCAAUGAAAGAAAGGUGAAUGAAUCAGACGUUAAUAAUUUGAUGUAUCUUCAAGCUAUUGUCAAAGAAACAUUUAGAUUGUAUCCUGCUAGUCCACUCGGAAUUCAAAGAAUAUUCAGAAAAGAUUGCAUCAUAUCUGAUUUUCAUAUUCCAAAAGACACUUGGCUAUUCUGUAAUGUGUGGAAACUUCAACGAGAUCCACAAAUUUGGUCUAGCCCUCUGGAAUUCAAACCUGAGAGAUUUAUCAAUUGCAAUAAGGAGAUUGAUGUUUUGGGUCGUGAUUUUGAAUUGAUUCCGUUUGGUGCUGGUAGAAGAAUGUGCCCAGGAACAACUGCUGCUCUUCAGAUGUUGCACUUGAUCUUGGCUAAUUUGUUACAUUCUUUUGAGCUCUCGAAUGUCUCUAAUAAGGAAUUGAUAUGA